AUGGACAUCCUCGCCAUCUCACAUCACCUCCGCUUCCAUAAGGCACUCUCCAGCAUCACCGCCUUUGGAGCGUGGUGGCCGCCGUGCGAUGUCCCUGGCGGUGACCGCCGUGCGAUGUCUCUGGUGGUCUUUCACCUGCUCCACGAGCUGUCGCCACUUGCCCCCAGCCUUCAGAUCGCGUCUAGAAUAGGACCGAUUGGCAGCCUCCCGGAAUGCAAACCCUCUGAUACCUCCGGCACCCACCGCAAAGUCUUGAUCCUCGGCAUUCCACACUAUAUACACCUCCAUAAGGUUUUCUCCAGCGUCACCAGUGGCGCGAUUCUUCCAGCGCCCCUCGGUAAUGCCAGCCCCAUCAGCGGCUUCCAGAUCGCGUAUCUCUUGUCCGUUGAAGAAGCCGCCGCCGUCGCGCUAACACAGGCCGCACCGCUGUUUGUCAAGGGUCUAGCCUCGGAAGCCACGGUACAGAGAAGCGUGUCGCCAUUUUCGAAGUGGACGGCCUAUACCACGAGUGCGACCACCGUCCUAGCUAUGAACAUUUUCGUAACCCCAUCAAACCUAUUCGAGAUCAGGCUGUCUCAGGCAGCAGUCGCUAUCUUUCCAGACCCCGUCCGAUUUCACGAUUCUCUGAACCUUCCAACGGACGAUCUCGACGCUGCAGGUCCCAAUCACGAUCGAGCUCCAAGUCUCGCGAGUUUGGGCCGAGAAACUUCAGCCAAGAUAAACCUGGACCUUAGUCCGAUUCCGUCGACCCCAGGACAAACCCCCCGACCUCCUAGACAACGGCUACCGGCGCGAGGUGGACACGACUGGUUCGCAAACCCAGACUACAGAUCAGACGGCCAGCGCGCCGUGAAGACAGUCAGCGUGCAAGUCCCGUACGAUCACAACAACAACUACAUCAUUGAAGGGAUCAAACCAUAG